AUGUUUGCAGAAGACUUUAAUGAUACACGUUUUUCUCACGAGCGUAGUUCAAGUUGCCCCGAAACAACUAGACGCUCAGCCCGAUUCAACGAAUGGGUUGAAGAUAUGAAUCUCCUUGAAGUGAAAUUUAGUGGCCCGGGUCAUACUUGGUCUCAUGGUACCUUUGUUGAUACAAGGACAAGUGCUAGACUUGACAGAGCACUUUGUAAUGGUGAAUGGUCUCUGAGAUUUGCUAAUGCAGCUGCGAAAAAUCUUCCCGCUAUUCAAUCGGACCAUUGUCCGAUUAUAAUUUCACCCAAUGGCUUUGCUCCAAUUUCCUCGAUUAACAAAUCAUUCAAAUUCCAAGCUGCUUGGCUCACUCAUGAUGAGUACUUUCGGAAUUUUGUUGAAGAGAAGUGGGAUAAAGAAGCCCCUCUUAUUCCCCACCUUAAUAAAUUUGCGCAAGAUUUACAGGAAUGA